CCCAGCCUCCCUCCGGCUGUAGCGCCACACCUCCGCGCAUCGUUACCGCAGCAGCAGCGGCGGUGGUGUGGUCAUGUGACGCCUGCAUUUCCGACACAACAAUACCACACCGUAUCGGUCGGUAUUCCCUGUCCCACUCCCCCCCUCACGCCUUGCUCUCGGUAUGGCGGACGGCGAGAGGUCCCCGUUACUGUCAGAUCUGGGAGAUGGUGCUCUCGGCAGCGGUAACGGAGGGGUGUCUCCCGGCGCGGCGUCCUACGGUGUGCCCAACAAACCACAAAGUUUCCCUCCGUUCCCCAGCCCCACCCAACCCUCGGUGCUCCUCGGGGAGGACCCUCCGCCCUACUCUCCUCUCACCUCCCCAGAGAGCGGCAGCGCCCCGGUCAUCAGCUGCAGGGUGUGUCAGAGCCUGAUCUCUGUGGAGGGCAAAAUCCAUCAGCACGUGGUAAAGUGUGGAGUCUGCAACGAAGCUACGCCCAUUAAGAAUGCUCCAGCGGGGAAGAAGUACGUUCGCUGCCCCUGCAACUGUCUGCUCAUCUGCAAAGUCACUUCCCAGAGGAUCGCCUGUCCCCGGCCAUACUGUAAGAGGAUAAUCAAUCUGGGUCCAGUCCACCCUGGUCCGGCCAGUCCUGACCCCCAGCCAGUGGGGGCCCGGGUCUCCUGUGGGCACUGCAGCAACACCUUCCUGUGGACAGAGUUCACAGACCGGACGCUGGCCAGGUGCCCACACUGCAGGAAAGUCUCCUCCAUUGGUCAGAGGUAUCCACGGAGGCGGAGCUUGUGGUGUUUUCUAUUGUGCUUGCUAUUCAGCAUCUCCACGGCCGGGCUGAUGGCCGGUACGUGGGUGAAGGCUCAGACCUACCAGGGCAUCUACGCCUCGUGGGCCGUGCUGCUCCUCCUGGUUCUCCUCACCUUGGGCCGGGCCUUCUACUGGGCCUGCAUGAGGGUCAGCCAGCCCCUCCAGAACUUCACAUAGAGCCCCGCCCCGCUCCCUUCAGCCCUGACCUUACCGUACCCUCUUCCCAACCCGCCAGGCAGGAGGAAAGACGGCUUUAAAAAAAAAAAAAAAAAAAAAAAAAUUCAAAAAGAUUAUUUAUUUAAAUCCAAUCCCAGAAAGAAAAACAGUCCUCCUCCUCUCCCUGCC